UAAAAUAACGUGGGAACUGAUUACUGAUUAUUAUGAAUUAAAUAUUCAUAUAUUUUCAACGUAAAACUUGCGAGCUUUCAGUGGUUUCAAAUCUAUAGUUAAAAAAUUGCAUUUUUCGUUUGUAGUUAUUUUUUUAAGAUGGAUUGUCUCUUAGUUGCAGAUAAUAUCAUUGCUGCUGCAAAAGGUAGUUUUAUUGAUUGUUUAAUUAAUCAGAAUCAUAAAAUAAUCGCAAUUGAAGAUUCCCCUGACGCCACUAAUUCAGUAUGUGAUUUGGCUAUUUCCAAUAAUAAUGAAUAUUUUGCUACAUUAACUUCGGACAAGAAUCUUACGAUCUAUAGACUUCCUUCCUUUGAUCGUGUUAAUUUAUUUAUAUUGCCAAGAAGCGCAAGUAAAAUCAGAUUUGGAGCCGAAAACUCUCACAUAUUUGUAGCAGACAAAACUGGAGAUGUGUUAUUUUAUGAUAUAUUAAAAAAUGACAGUGGUGUUAAGCUUUUGGGACAUUUAAGUUUUCUCUUGAAUGUUUUACAAAGUCAUGAUGGAAAUUAUCUGAUAUCAGCUGAUAGAGAUGAAAAAAUAAGGGUUUCAUGCUAUCCUAAUACAUAUAAUAUAGAAACAUACUGUCUAGGACAUAAGGAAUAUGUAAAUCACAUUGAAUUUCUUCCCCACAAUAAUAAAUAUCUAUUAAGUGCAUCUGGUGAUGGAACUAUAAAGUGUUGGGAUUAUGUUAUUGGGCAUUGCACUUGUACAAUUAACACAAAAAAUUAUUUAAGUGAUCCAAAACUUCAGGAACAAUUCAAAAAAAUUAUGGACGAAGAUGGUAUUGAAGUAGAAAGUCUUCCUAUAGUCCAUUUUACAACCUCAAAACUUAAUGAAAAUACUAGUUUAGUUGCAAUUUCCAUUUAUUCAUGUAAUAAUUUGCUUAUAUAUACUAUACAGACUGGUGAAAAAUUCCAUUAUAAACUUACAGGAACAUUAAAAUUAAAAGGUUUCUUUAAUUGUAUAGAUCUUUUUAAUACAGCACUGUAUGUGUUUAAUAGCAGCAAUAAUAUAUUAACUAAAUAUGACAUCACUAAUUCUGAUAAUAUUACUAUUAAUGAAUCACAAACAAUAGAAAUGUUUAGUAAUACCAACAUUGAUUUAAAAAUUGACUUGGAACAAAAUAUUAAGAUUUUGUUUAAGCGGAAGUUUGACAAUGUUCAAGAGUAUCAAGAGCGAAAAAAGAAUAGAUUAGUUAAAAAAACAUGACAAUUUGACCUCUUGCUUAUAUGUACUGUACGAUAUAUACGAUUUUUUUUAGGCUUAUAAAUGUUGUUAUACAAAUGUUAAUAAGUUAAACUAAGAAAAUGACUAUGUGUUAAAGGAUAAAUAAAACAAUU